AAUGUCUCCACAUGAAGAAGAAUCUAUUAAUGAAUUAGAAAAAAAUGCCAGUAACAAUAAUGACAAUGUCGAAUAUAAUAUAACAAAUCCCACUAAUAAUGACAACAAUUCAAUUAUUACAUCAAAAACGAAGUUUAAAAAAUUAGUUUAA